CACUGCACUGUUGUGCCUUCUCAUGCUUCUUCAUCUUACCAGGUGAUGGGAGCUGAAGACUGUACAACAGUAUUCAAUAAUACGGCGUACCGGGCGCUUUCUAGCACUCGCAGAGCCCCGAAUUUGGAUGGUGUCGACCAUACCCCGAAUUGUUGAUUGUAGCAUUCUUGUAGAAGCGGAGCCGACUGUGUGUUGUUGCUGCUGGCUCGGCAUACAACCCGCGCGAAUUGAAAUCCGGUCCCUUCCUGGGAAAAGCUGAGGAUGUGGUUCAUUGGGCCGCCCUUAGGUAUCAAGACAAAGUUGGUAGUGAUCUCGUCAAGACGCCGAUUGUGUCCGAUUGAUGUCUUCGGCGAGAGCACCGAUGCUCGACUUUGUCCGCAUCUAUACUACAAGGUCAGGACAUUUCCAGUAGACCCGCUUGGUAUUCGCUAUAGCGGUCCGGUACAAUUCAAUGUCGUAGGCUAUCCUGACUGACGACCAGCCCUGUUCCUUGACGUUUGCGGCGCCACCCUUGACAAAAUGCUCGUCAAGCCCAAUGCGCGGGAAGAAGACAAGAUGGAUAAAAAGCAGGGCCAAUUGAGGGUUGGCGCUGUGCCGGUAUGCCUCUCAGCUACCACAUCUCAUUGAGCUUUUGGUGGGUGGGAAAGGGGCCCAUAAGAGUGGAUUUUGACUGAAGCAGCCGAGCUUUUCUUGCCGUUGUUCUUUCAAAUCUAUCAGCUUGGGCCCAUGCCCAUGCUAAUGUUCAAAGCGAGAAUGACUGACUUUGUUGUGAUAUAUGCGCUCGAGCACACUGGUAUAUUGGCGUCUGUAAUGGCAUGUCCGCGGUCAGUUCAAAUCCAGAGGACACGCACACACGAAACGUCGCGUGGUAUGUUAAAACUAUUCUCAGUUUCCCUCCUUGUUCUACGACUCUCCCAUACCCCCCUCCCCGGGGCAAUGGAUGCUUGCCUUUUUGAGAAGACUUACUGACUUGUGUGCAGAUGUACUGUUCGCUAAGAAAGUGCGUUAUAUGACAAGGGUAAAUACAGCCUUCCCGGUCAAACCCGAUACUCCUGAUUCCAUGGAUGGCAAUUCCAAGGCCCCCGAAUCAGUGUAAGGGCGCAUAUUUAACCCCAGCAAGAGCUGGCAAUUUCACAACGCUGUUCGUCCACAACAGCUUGGGGGUGGAGAAAUCUGCCUUCGACAUCCUGCCCCCGACACUUUCACCAAGCCCAACUUGGAUGCCGACGGCACUCUUAGUCUGGCCGACGCCCCCCUUGACGUUGAUGACGCGAAUCAGCAAGGUGAGCUGGCAGAAUCUUCAGGGAUUGCCAUUUGGCAAGUCUAACGUUCAUUGUGUUGGAUGGCUUCUGGUAGAUGCUCGAAUUUAUGAGGGCCGGCCGUUGGAGUGAGCGGCGCGCUCACCAAGGCUCUCGAGCAAUGUAUGCUUCGAUGCAGGAGUGGACAAGAGGACUUGAGGCUCUCUCAGCGCCUGGAGUGUUGACAGAGGACGGUUGCGUGCUUGACUUCUCUGUACUGCCACUGAUGACUGGACAUCGCAGCGCUCUAGACGCCCAUG